GAAGUUUUUACACAUGGAAUACGCAAGUCACGUGUUACUUACUUCACGAGAUUUACUAUCAAGUAAUUUAGUAAAGCCUUGAACUCACUGGUACCCCAAUUGCUCAGCUGUUCACUAUCGCUAUCAGCCCACCAAUUGUCCAUCACGGCUGACAUGGAAUCCGCACCCAAACGACGACGCAUCUCGCGCUCUCCGUCACCAGCAUACAAAUUCGAUGACGAUGACGAUGAUUAUGUGCCCUACGUUUCUGUAGCCCAAAGACGAGAAGCCAAGCUAGCGAAACUUUCUUCCUUAAACACUGUUUCUGACAGGACGAAAGCGAAGAAACAGCUGGAAGAACUAUUAGAGCGCGAAGAUGCAGAGAGGGAAGAAGAACGUCAACGCGAGAAGGUACGGAAGGAGAGGCCAUUGCUCAUGGAGGCGCAGGAAGUGCACCAGCGCAAAGCUGCAGAGAAUGCAAAGAAGACUGACGUAGAAAAAGCAGAAGAGGCAGAUGCGGAGAUACUUGCUGCCAUAGCAAGUCGCAGGAAGCUUGCAUCUGAUCUAGAGCUCGCGAAAGGCAUAUCCUACACAGACUCUCUUCAAACAUCGUGGCGGCCGCCGAAAUAUAUUCGAGAGCGCACAGAGGAGCAACAUCGACGACUACGAGAGAAAUAUCACAUCAUUGUGGAUGGCGAAGACAUACCUCCUCCUAUUGAACACUUUUCGGACAUGAAGAUACCAGAAGCAAUGCUGCAAUUUCUAAAGUCUAAGAAAAUCACCACACCAACGCCCAUCCAAUUGCAGGGGAUACCCACUGCAUUUGCGGGCCGAGAUAUGAUUGGCAUAGCUUUCACUGGCUCCGGGAAAACGCUCGCCUUCUGUCUUCCGUUGAUCAUGCUCGCACUGGAAGAAGAGACGAAGCUCCCAUUUGUUCGUGGAGAAGGUCCAGUGGGUGUCAUUCUCUGUCCCUCACGCGAGCUGGCUACACAGACAUAUGAAAAUGUGCUUGCCUGGACAGGCGCACUUGCGAGGGACGGGAAGUAUCCACAGCUCAAUACCCUCCUCUGUAUUGGAGGUAUAUCAAUGGGAGAACAAAGUCACGUACUCAACAAGGGCCUUCACAUCGUGGUGGCGACUCCUGGCCGUCUGAUUGAUAUGUUAGAGAAGCGAAAAUUCACAUUUAACAACAGCAAGUUUUUGUGCAUGGACGAGGCAGAUCGGAUGAUCGAUCUGGGCUUUGAGGACGAUGUACGGAACAUUAUGAGCUUUUUUAAGCGGCAAACAUUACUUUUCUCCGCGACGAUGCCCCGGAAGAUUCAAGACUUUGCGCAGCAGUCGUUGAUUAGACCUGUUCUUGUGAACGUCGGCCGUGCUGGCGCCGCUAAUUUGGACGUUCUUCAGGUGGUGGAGUAUGUUAAGCAGGAGGCGAAGAUGGUUUACUUGCUGGAGUGCCUUCAGAAAACUGCUCCUCCAGUUAUCAUUUUCAGCGAGAACAAAAAUGAGGUCGAUGGUAGGCUGUUGGUUCUCUCUUUUAAACAUCGGAGGUCUCAUCUUGUACCAGACAUACAAGAAUACCUCCUGCUGAAAGGCGUCGAGGCUGUGGCAAUUCACGGUUCAAAGAGUAAUCAUUCCGUCCUCAUUACUAUUGUGGAGAUGCUCAAUUGUCUUUUAGCCCAGGAGGAACGGCAAUAUGCCAUCAAAUCGUUCAAGUCUGGCGCCAAGGAUGUCAUGGUUGCUUCGGGCGUUGCCUCCAAGGGCCUCGACUUCAAUGAUAUUCAACACGUCAUUAUUUUCAGCAUGCCCAAAGAGAUUGAGGACUACGUACAUCAAAUCGGCCGUACGGGGCGUAGCGGAAAAACUGGCAUAGCUACGACGUUUGUGAAUAUGACAACACCAGAGCAGACGCUUCUGGAUCUGAAAUAUUUGUUGAUGGAGGCCGGACAGAAGGUUCCGCCCUUCUUGCGGACCAUCGAUGAUCCUCAAGCAGCACAGGGUGGCUCGCUCAAAGGUUGUCCGGUAUGUGGAGGUCUCGGGCACGGGAUAUCGAAUUGCCCGAAGUUGGAAGAUGCUCAGAGACGACAGAUGGCGUCGCACAGAGCUGAUGAUGGAGGGGGUUAUUGAACUUGUGUAUGGACUCUGGAAUUACAUUAUCAUGUUUCAUUGUUACCAUUCUGCGGUCACACAAUUUUGGUCGACCACGGUGUAUAAAGGCAUCUUACUGAAAUGGUACAGGGUCUAAGCGAGGCAAACGAAGCAGUCCUUUAUCCCCCAAGUGGAACCAAUCCAUUUGUAGAACAAGUAUCGGACGAGUUGCCUUGAAGGAUUGACCUGUAAGCUUGUGCUAUUGAAGUAUUCAGCUGCAAAUAUUGUAUACAGGUGCUUACCGGU